AUAAAGUUCAAAGUGAUUUUUCAAUAUACAAUAAAGUUGCGUGAACUUUGAGGGAAUUACUAUAUUAGUUGAGUGAAGUUUGUGUAGUAAACUAAGUUGAAAGGAUUUUUUAAGAAAUUAUCUCUCGUGUUACGAAACAAAACAAAUUGUACUCAAUGGAAUCCGUAACGCUUUGCCUUCUCGAUCGUUCCGUCUCCCACUCUCCCUCCUAAGUAAACUUGUAUCAACAACCCUUGAUUCACAUCAAACAAAGAAUUAGAGAGAAUGGCAGAAGAAGUGAGCAACAAACAGGUGAUUCUAAAACACUAUGUGACUGGUUAUCCCAAGGAACCGGACAUGGAAAUCAAGAAUGGCACCAUUAAACUGAAAGUUCCAGAAGGUUCUAAUGCUGUCCUUUUGAAGAAUCUUUACUUGUCAUGUGACCCUUACAUGCGUUCCCGCAUGCAGAAAAAAGAGGGUAGCUAUGUCGACUCCUUCACUCCUGGCUCUCCUAUCACUGGAUACGGAGUGGCUAAAGUUUUGGAAUCUGGUGAUUCAAACUUCAAGAAAGGUGACUUAGUUUGGGGAAUGACUGGAUGGGAGGAAUAUAGUAUUUUUACAGCUAUUCACACUCUGUUUAAAAUCCAUGACAAGGAUGUGCCUCUUUCCUACUAUACAGGAAUCCUUGGUGAGUUAUUCGAUCUUCUCAAUAUAAUCAUUACAAGAAUGCUGAACCUAUUGUGUGUCUGGUUAAUAUAGUUUAACAAUUUCAAG